UGCCCCAUCAUUGGUGUCAGUGGGAGGAAUAGUGCCCCAUCAUUGGUGUCAGUGGGAGGAAUUGUGCCCCAUCAUUGGUGUCAGAGCGACGAAUUGUGCCCCAUCAUUGGUGUCAGUGGGAGGAAUAGCGCCCCAUCAUUGGUGUCAGUGGGAAUAACAGCGCCCCAUCAUUGGUGUCAGUGGGAGGAAUCGUGCCCCAUCAUUGGUAUCAGUGGCAGGAAUAGUGGCCCAUCAUUGGUAUCAGUGGGAGGAAUAGUGGCCCAUCAUUGGUAUCAGUGGGAGGAAUAGUGCCCCAUCAUUGGUGUCAGUGGGAGGAAUAGCGCCCCAUCAUUGGUGUCAGUGGGAGGAAUAGCGCCCCAUCAUUGUGAUCAGUGGGAGGAAUAGUGGCCCAUCAUUGGUAUCAGUGGGAGGAAUAGUGCCCCAUCAUUGGUAUCAGUGGGAGGAAUAGUGGCCCAUCAUUGGUAUCAGUGGGAGGAAUAGUGCCCAUCAUUGGUAUCAGUGGGGAGGAAUAGUCCCCCCAUCAUUGGUAUCAGUGGGAGGAAUAG